GCCGGGGAGCGGGGGGGUGGGGGGACUGGGAGGCUGCCGGGCUGCGGCGGGAGGCAGGCCGGGGGGCGAGAGCCGGACGGAGCUGAGUUGCUCGGAAAGGAAUUGGUGCUGAUAUCUCUGCCUUCCCCCCGGCUGAGCUGGAGCUCACCGCCACUGCAUUUCACAACCUGGAACGUUAAUGAAAACAGAAGUUAAUGGUGGCCCAAGGUGAUGUGUUGGUGGGGUUAAAAGACUUGAGGCACAGCUGAAUAAAACAAGGACUGAAAAUUGAAGGAUGGCAGCAAAUCCUUCAGGACAAGGUUUCCAGAAUAAAAAUAGGGUUGCAAUCCUGGCAGAACUAGACAAGGAGAAGAGAAAGUUACUUAUGCAAAACCAGUCUUCCACAAAUCACCCUGGAGCCAGCAUUGCACUUGCAAGAUCACCACUGAACAAAGAUUUCCGUGAUCAUGCUGAGCAACAGCACAUCGCAGCACAGCAGAAGGCUGCACUACAGCAUGCACAUGCACAUUCCUCAGGAUACUUCAUAACUCAAGACUCUGCAUUUGGAAAUCUUAUUCUUCCUGUCUUGCCUCGACUUGAGGCAGAAUAAGAAAUGCUGUUUCUCAGAACUGCAAGGACUGAUUUUUCGUCCAUCGCAGGAACUGCCUGGCAAUUUAAUUUCUUUACUUAUCCUAAAACCUACUUUAUUUCUGGAUUUUUUAUGCUCGCUUUAAUGGGGGUGUGGACUCUAAACAAUGAAGAAGUAAUGCUGUUAAAGAUCAGUUUUCAGCCCCCGUUUCUGUUUCUCUGUCAGGUCAAAAGUCAGGCAUAAGACUUCCUGGUGUGUGGGGUGCAUAGAGCUUGCUCUUCCGUGUUUCUGUGCUUCCUUUAAAUAAAUGUCCAUGCAGGAUUCAUCAAGAA